GAGUUGCUUUAAAUAGGCUGUGAGGAGGCAGGACUGAACUCCUCUGCUACUCGGGCUAUGGCUAAACUUGGUCAGCUCACGUAAGAGGGGCCUGAUCCUCUCUAGGGGCACGUCAGAUUCCUUUCAAUUGCUCAUAGAUCAGAUUAAACAGAUGACAACUGGCGAUUGCCUCAACUCCAGCAAACUAGAAGAAGUAUAAAGCCCGGGGCACACGACAGGGAGAGGGUCAGAGGAGACUUUCUGGAGGGUCUAGGUAGAAGCAGCGAUGGCUGAGAGUCAGGUCCCAUUUUCCUGCCAGAUGCCUGGGAGGCACAGGAGUAGCAGGGACCCUUUCCGAGAGCCGGCCUUAUCUUCUCGCUUCCUGGACGAUGAGUUCGGCAUGCCAACUUUUUCCGAGCACUUCACGGCCGACUGGCCGGACUGGGCGAGACCCAGGCUCACCUCCACUUGGCCGGGGCCCCUGAGAUCAUCCUUUAACGGGGCGGCUCGGGACUCUGCGGGUAUCUACGGCCCGGCGCCUCCUCAUUACACGGCUCGUUACACCGGCUACCCCGAGGCCAAGAACCCGCCCAGCAUCAACCCGGGGGAACCCUGGAAGGUGUGCGUUAACGUGAAGAGCUUCGCCCCCGAGGAGCUGACCAUCAAAACCAAGGAUGGGUUCGUGGAGAUAUCGGGAAAACACGAAGAAAAACAAGAAGAAGGAGGAAUCGUUUCGAAAAACUUCACCAAAAAAAUCCAGUUACCCAUCGAAGUUGACCCCGUGACAGUUUUUGCAUCCUUGUCUCCUGAAGGAGUCUUAAUUAUUGAAGCUCCCCCUGUAAGACCACCUUGCUAUUUCUAUGGUGAUGACAGCAUGAGCAUUGAUGCAGAAGAAAAUGGAUUGAGAGGCCAAGAACAGAUUGUUUCUUAAUCCUAGCCAACCAGGAGAUCUCCUGUCAAAAUUUGCCAAAAAAGGGUUUCAGAAGAAUCAACAAGAACUGUAUAUAAAUCAUUGUUUGUUUACUUUGAUACUUCUAGAUAGUCUUACAGAAGAUAUUGAUCUGUUUUGGUCUAUUUUGUAUAUGAGAAGAAGGCUGUACAUUGAUUGUUGGAUUUGUUUUGCACAAUAGCAUAUAUUUUAUAUGCUAGAUAUAGUAGAGUGGUUCAAUAUUGAUUCUCCUUUAAUUGUUGAUUUUUGAAUAAAAGUUAGGUUGAAAAAUA